AUGUCUCUUUCUUGGUUUUCUUGGUAUUUGUUUAAGACUUCUUAUAGCUCUGGAAUUAUAUAUAGAAUAGAUCAAAUCAUCUCUAUCUAUUCCAAGAUUAAGAAUAUGUCAAGUCAGGCCUUUACUGAACUUCAACAAGCGCACCAGUCAAUGGCGAACUCCACUAAGAUCCAGUACCUCAUUCAGCGGUACGGGACACGAGAAGAACUGGCCAAGCGGGGUAUAUGGCGUGGAGACCUUUACAGCGCAGCAGAACUGCAUUAUUUGGAUCGUGGAUGGUGUUGGAAGACACUGCUGUUGAGAGGAGAGGACGGGUUACUGGUAACCAAAUUGGCAGAAGUGCCAGACAACACAAUUGCAGAUAGCGCCCCAUUGCAUCUGGACAAACUGCAAUCGCGAGUGAGAACCUUGACGCCGGAGCGCACUAAAACGCAUCCGUUGCAGAGCGAUGAGGAGAAGACCAAUGACGAUCGAUUGAAGGAAAAAAUAUCGCUGCAUGAAACACUGGAGGUAAUCAGACUCGAUAUCUCACGACUUUUGCUGGAUCCCAUUUUCGAAUCAGCAGAAUGCAAGGCGGAAAUGAUUCAAAUCCUGUACAACUACGUCGUGCACAACCAUACCAGUUACAAACAGGGAUACCAUGAGCUUUGUGGCGCGGUAUACAUGCAAAUGGCCAAGGAGGAAUGUGAAGCCCGCAAACUCAAUACUUUGAACAUCUUUAACAAGCUGAUGAAACGUGUGAGGCCCGUGUUCUACGAAGAAACUGCACUACUACAUUUCGCACAAGUCAAAUUCGACCGCAUUUUCAAAUUGACCAUGCCCAAACUCCACCAUUUACUGACAGUACACCACGGACUCGAAAAUACAGUUUGGCUGAUCCGCUGGACCCGUCUUCUAUUUUUGAGAGAAUUCGACCUAAAUUACGUUCUAAAAGUGUGGGAUCAUCUCCUCACGUUUGUCAUCCCAUUGGAAGAUCUCCUGGCAUGCUGCGUUGUGGUUUUACUCAUAGCUUUGACCCGGGAUCUCUACUCCUGUGAGGAUCAGGGCGAGGUGAUCAGUAUUUUACUGCAUUACCCCAGUGACAAACUGAUAGAUUGCGUUGAGUUGAUGAAGAAUAGUGCCAGUCUUUACGAGCUCUAUGUCACCCACCAGCAUCAAGACAUGAAGGCGUUGGGAGACAAUUUGUGCAGGAUACACAAUCGACAGUGGUACGACAAACAGACACAGGUUGUCGACCAGAACAGACUCAGACUUGAAGAGAGGUUGAAACGGAGAGUAGGACAGCGGCUUAAGCGUUGA